UGGAGCAGUGUAAUGCCUUCCUUUCAAGAAUUGCUGUUACCACUAAGCACAUGGCAAAAGCAGUACGCACAGACAUGCUCACAGUCAUGGCCAUGCGCUGGAAUCAGCAAAAGAUGAGCAACUUGGCUUCCACACUUGCCCGCCGAUAUCAAAAGGCCACAAUAGCCCUGCAAAGACAGUUGCAGAGCCUGGAGAUCAUGAAAACUGAAAUGGCAGUCACAGAUGAUCAACUGCAGGGCUGGAUCACUGAUGUCAAUGAGUGGGCAGAAGGGACAACAUCCUCAACUGAUUCUGAUGUUGCUGCUGUGGCCAGACAAAUUGAGGAGCUGGUCACCAGUAUUAAAAGGAGAUCACAACGUCUUUAUAAAGACAAUGAUGGCUGCAAGGGUCGUGCCCGGAUACGCGGAAAGAUCAGGGAGGAAAAGAAGCUUUUAAAUUCUGUGGUGGUUCAAUAUAACGCCAUGGUUCCCAAUGCAGAAAACCUGGAUUUGGACACAGUUCUUUCAGAUGACAUCAUUUGGCCAUGGCAGCUUCCACACAAUGACUCUGUAGGUCUAAGGACAAAAAGGAAGGCAUUUGACAUGGUAAUGGCAGUAAGGAGGCUUGAGGAAGAGAAGAAGAUUCUCAUUACUGAGAUGGAAAAACAUUGGACAUCUCUUUGCACCUGUGCAGACACCCUGAAAGAGAUGUCAUCCCAGCUUUGCAGUACCACAUCAAGUGAGAUGUGGGGCCUGAGUAAAGAAGGAAUCCAAGGUCUACAGAGCUUAGCCAAGAAGAACACACAAGCCAUCAACAGAAUACGAAAGCACACAAAGAACUGUUAUUUGCAUGUUUUGACUGGAACAGAAGUAAACUUGGAAAGUGAUUCAGAUGAAUACAAUAGUGACGCUGAACUUUCAGAAGAUGAAACAGAGGGUGUGUAAUGACCAACUUUUAUGUAACUUUAAUGUUCUCCAAGUCUUUGUUAAAAGGAUAGUUC